AUGGCCCCGCUUGAGCAGCAAUGGGUCAAGGUCCAGCAGAAGACCUUCACAAAGUGGCUCAACAGCAAACUCAAGGUCCGCGAGCUCGAGAUCAACGACCUGAUCACAGAUCUGUCCGACGGCAUCGCCCUCGUGCACCUCCUCGAGAUCCUGAGCAACGAAUCCCUCGGCCGCUAUGCCUCCCGGCCGAAGCUGCGCGUGCAGAAGUUUGAGAAUGUCAACAAGUCGCUGGACUACAUCAAAAGGAGGGGCAUCCAGAUGACCAACAUUGGUGCCGAGGACGUGGUCGACGGCAACAGCAAGAUUAUACUGGGCUUGAUAUGGACUUUGAUUCUGCGCUUUACCAUCAGCGACAUCAACGAGGAAGGUCUGAGUGCCAAGGAGGGUCUUCUGCUGUGGUGCCAGAGGAAGACGGCAUGCUACGACGAGGUCGAAGUGCGCGACUUCUCGACAAGUUGGAACGAUGGACUGGCAUUCUGCGCGCUCCUAGACAUCCACCGUCCCGAUCUCAUCGACUACGAUAGCCUAGACAAGAGUGACCACCGCGGAAACAUGCAACUCGCUUUCGACAUUGCGUCCAAGGAGAUUGGCAUUCCCGACCUGCUCGAUGUAGAAGACGUCUGCGACGUAGCGAAACCCGACGAGCGAUCCCUCAUGACCUACAUUGCCUACUGGUUCCACGCCUUUUCGCAGAUGGAGCGCGUCGAGAACGCUGGCCGCCGAGUAGAGAAAUUCGUACAAAACAUGAAUGGCGCUUGGGAGAUGCAGAACAACUUUGAGCAGCGGAUGCGCGAACUGCUGCGACAGAUUGCUGAGCAGCGCAAGCAGUGGGAGGAGGCUACUUUUGACGGUUCCUACAUUGAUGCAAAAGCUCAGUCCGGCAAAUUCACGGAAUACAAACGCAAGAAUAAACGCACAUGGGUUGCUGAGAAGUCAGAAGUCGCUGGACUUCUGGGAAACAUCAAGACGAAACUAUCGACUUACCGCUUGAACCCAUACGAACCUCCGCCCGAACUCAGCUUGGAAGCUCUGGAUACAGCAUGGUCGAAUCUCAUGAAAGCUGAGCGCGAGCGCUCCCAAGUCAUCAACGAGACGAUACGAGACAUCAAGAAUGCACUUCGGAAGACAUUCGCCGACAAAGCCAACGACUUCGCACUGGCCUUAAAUACCUUAUCGGUAUCCCUUUCAGCCCUGGAAGGCGAUGUUGAGGACCAAAUGGACCACACUAAGAAGAUCAGCGAUAACCUCGCGCCUUUGGAGCAAUAUUUGGACGUUAUUGCCACACUCGACGAGCAAUGCGUGGAAGCCAACAUCGAAGAAAACGACUACACCACAUACACCUACGACGAGCUUGAGUAUGAACUUGGCCUGGUGAAGUCAUCUGUCUCGAAAAAGCUGGCUUUCUUGGAAAAUCAGAUGGUCGCUCGUAACAUGACAAAUCUGACGCCAAUACAACUGGAAGAAUUCGAGUCCGUGUUCAGACAUUUCGACCGCGACGCAUCUAAUUCGUUGCAAGAGCUGGAAUUUUCGGCGGCAUUGGCCAGUCUAGGCCUUGUGUAUGACGAAGAGGAGAUGCACCAGAAGUUCCGUGAAACGAGCGGAGGACGCGACUACGUCACCUUUGAGCAGUUUAUCCGCUUCAUGGUGGAUGAGACGGAGGACCAGAACACAGCAGAGCAGGUAUUCGAGUCGUUCAAAGAGGUCGCUGAUGGCAAACCAUACGUUACAGAGCUUGACCUCCGCCACUCGCUCGUCCCGGACGAGAUCAUUGACGAUCUCAUCGCAAGUAUGCCCGAACACAAAGGCCCAGAUCUGCAGGAAGACCGCAACAUCCCAAAGUAUGACUACAUCACGUACAUGCAGCGGUACAUGGGCGGUGCGAGCAACGGCAAUGUUCUCACCAAUGGGAACUAGGAUAUCUCCGCUGAGACUAGGUUGAAUAUUCUCGCACGAGCCUACACGCAAGGCACAUUCUUGAACAGCUUGGAUCUUGCGCUGUUGCGUGACGGCGCGUUUGUGUGAUCAGUGGUGAUUGGAUAGACAAACAGCCUUGUCUGCUUGCUCGAGAUCUGGAUUGUUCACAUGCAUUGUUCGGCGUUGGUCGUAGUUCUGGAUCAGAGGUUGGCGGGUGCUUGGGUUGGUCUUUGGUCCUAAGUCCUUCAUUGGGUUGGAUUUCUUUUGUUUGCAUAAGCGAGUUUGGAUUGGGAGAGCUUAGGUAUACCCCUUUUUAAUACGAUGUCUUCUUC